AAAGUAGCGAUACAGAAAAAAAAACUGUGUGUGAGGGAAGGCGCGUGAGAGAUAGAGAUGGAGGAGGAGGAGGGGCAUUGUCACUUGGAGCAGCGCGCGGCGGGGACCGUAGACACGCGCUCCCCGUAGCCUUUACCUACCAGUCAUCUAUCCGUGUAGAUGUUCCCGCGGGACAAAUCUGUCAGGAGUGGAGCUGCCAACCUCACCGCUCCAUUACAUCCCGGUGGGAUCACCGAUGACCUUUGUUGCUGCCCUCACCAGCUCCUGUUUUCCCCCUGCUCUUUCUCUUUAUUCCUCUCCUCCCCUUUCUUAAACUCUCCUCCCUUCCUCCUCUGUGUCUCCCAGCCCCAGGCUUAUUACUCAAACCCACUGAAGGGAGCAACACAGUAGCUGGCAAAGGAUGAAGCGGGUCUGCCUGCCAACACCAGACAGAGGAUAGAAGAUACAAAAGGACUGGUGAAGGGGAUAGAGACAGAGUGGGACAGAGAGGACGACUAGGGAAGAGAGCUACAACGAAGCUGUGCAAGAAGCAAUAACAACAUUCAAGAUGCCACGCCGAAGGAAAAGUUUCACCUGAGCGUCAUGAGCUAGCAAGGGGCCCCUAACAGAUCUAGAACUGUGGACUUUUUGUUAACAAACUUCUGACACACACACACACACACACACACAAAAGUUGUGGAGACACCCUCCUGCUCUCGGGGGCUCCUUGUUAACACCUGAUAUGCCUCUGUAAGAAGUGUGAGCCAUGCCAGCCAAGGGGAAGUACCUGUUGAACAACCAGGAGCUGAAAAAUGAGGCGCUAUACCGUAAAUUCUCUUGCAUCAGCCAGUAUCAGCCACUGGUGCUCCUGCUGGGCCUCUCCAUGCUCUCCUGUGGAAUCCUCCUCAUCCUCUUCUUUGCCCUUCGACUGAGCGCAGAGAAACACUGUGCCUUUGUGAGUGUGGUGAGCGGCAGCCUGUUUGUGUUUCUAGCCGUGUUCGUGCUGGUUUGUACAGAGAUGCUCUCACAGCGAUGGAGGCGUCUCCUGGGCCUGAUUGUAUGGGCCACACACCUCACCAUGGGCCACACCUUCAUCUUCAGCGGCCCCAUCAUCCUGCCUUGGGACCAGGUGCCUUUCUUCCUCUUCAUCAUCUUCACAGUGUACACCAUGCUGCCAUUCCAGAUGUGGUACGCUGUGGUGCUGAGCCUCAUCUCUUCACUGUCCCACAUCAUAGUUCUCGCACUGUACCUCACCAUUUACGACAAUAAGCCCAUUUACGACAAGUCCACCGCUUACCAGCUGCUGUCCAAUGCAGUGGUGUUUCUGUGUGGCAUUGUGGUGGGAGCCUUCCAUAAGUUCCUGAUGGAGAAAACCCUAAGGCAGACCUUUCAAGACACCUUGAGGUGCCUGAGCAUGCGGAUGAAGCUGGAGAUAGAAAAAAGACAACAGGAGAACCUGCUGCAGUCUGUGCUACCCGUCUACAUCUCCAUGAAGAUGAAGCUUGCAAUCAUGGAACGCUUGCAAGACUGUAAAGACAAAGAAGAACAACAGCGACUGGUCAAAGAUAACAACUUCCACAGUCUUUAUGUCAAGAGGCACGAGAACGUCAGUAUUCUAUAUGCUGACAUCGUUGGCUUCACCCGAUUGGCCAGUGACUGUUCUCCCAAAGAGCUUGUCAUUAUGCUCAAUGAAUUGUUUGGAAAAUUUGACCAAAUUGCCAAGGAAAACGAAUGCAUGCGAAUCAAGAUUCUUGGAGAUUGCUACUACUGUGUGUCAGGGCUGCCAGUCUCUCUGCCUAAACAUGCCAAGAACUGUGUCAAAAUGGGCCUGGACAUGUGUGAAGCCAUCAAGCAGGUACGGGAGGCCACAAGAGUGGAUAUCAACAUGAGAGUGGGCGUGCACUCAGGCAACGUGCUCUGCGGUGUCAUUGGCCUUCGUAAGUGGCAGUUUGACGUGUGGUCACAUGAUGUCACGCUGGCCAAUCAUAUGGAGUCCGGAGGCCUUCCAGGACGUGUCCACAUCACAGAGGCAACUCUGAAGCACCUGAACAAGGCUUAUGAAGUAGAAGACGGGAAUGGCCACCUUAGGGACCCUUACCUAAAAGAGCUCAACGUCCAAACCUACCUGGUCAUUGAUCCACGGUCUAAGGACCCAUCAUUGAACAGCCGUAGUGCGCCUAAACCUCGGGUGAAUGAUGGUCUGAAGAUGAGGGCGUCCGUGCGUAUGACCCGUUACCUGGAAUCUUGGGGGGCCGUCAAACCUUUUGCCCACCUUCAGAACCGAGAGGGCUUCACCCCAGACGCUAUUGUCAAUGGCAAGCCACGCUGUAAGGACAUCCCUCUACGACCAGUCCCCGGCAAGUUCCCUGAGAGGAACAAAUCCCAGAAGAGUAAGUUUGAUGAGGAGCUACACAACGAGAUGACUACUACCAUAGAUGAGCUCAGCAGCAAGCAGUGGUCUAAGUCUGAAGAGAGUGGCAGUUUAGCUCUGUGGUUUCCAAAGAAAGAUCUGGAAAAACAGUACCGAGCCCUGGACUUGCCGAUGUUUAAACGCUAUGUUGCCUGUGCCACCUUCAUCUUCCUCUGCAUCUUUUUGGUUCAGAUGUUUGUCACAAAGAAUCUACAGAUGUUGGGGAUAUCAUUUGGAGUGAUGGCCUGUGUGCUGCUGCUGACCCUGGCCAUCUGUUUCGCAGGUGACUUCCAGCGUCUGUUUCCAGAGAAGCUGUCGAGGUGCCAGUGGCUGCCAGCUGUGUCGGAGGCGGUGGUAAAGCGGCCAUGCGUUCGCCUCCCUCUGGCCACCAUCACUACUACGGUCAUCAUUAUCUUGGCAGUGUUCGACCUGUGCUUCGUCCAGACAACUGUGCCAGAAUGUCCCACUAAUAAUACUCAGACAAAUGAUUCCCAUGAGCUGGGAUUCUACCUGCCUUAUUCCGUGUACUGCUGUAUCCUAUCGCUCAUUGCAUGUGGAGUCUUCCUCCGGGUGAGCUUUGAGCUCAAAGUGUUCUUCCUCGCCCUGGCCUCCACAGCAUACUACAUCAUCAUCCUCAGCACCCACAGGAAACUCUUUGAGGUCUACGGAAACUUCCUCUACACUCAGCAGCACAACAGCAGCAAUUGCAGCAGUACAGAUCACACCUUGAGAUGGUUAGGGCUGGUGAAACACCCCCAGGUGAUGAGCUGCAUAUAUAUCACCCUGUUCCUGGUCACUGUGCUCAUAAUCGCACAACAGAUUGAGACCUGCUUCCGCCAGGACUUCCUGCUAAAGUAUAAGAACCGCACAGAGCAGGACGAGAUCGAGACCAGAGAGAACCUGAACCGCCUGCUGCUGGAGAACGUGCUGCCGGCCCACGUGGCAGCGCUGUUUGUCGGGGAGAAUAAGAAAAAUGAGGACCUCUACUACAAGUCCUAUGACUGUGUCUGUGUGAUGUUUGCCUCAGUGCCAGAUUUCAAAGAAUUUUACACUGAGUGUGACAUCAACAAGGAGGGCCUGGAAUGCCUGAGGCUCCUGAACGAGAUCAUCGCUGACUUUGACGAGCUGCUGUCCAAACCAAAGUUCAGCGGUGUGGAGAAGAUCAAGACAAUUGGCAGCACGUACAUGGCUGCUGCAGGGCUUAGUGGGACGCCUGGUCAGGAGAACAAUCAGGACAAAGAGAGGCAGCAGGCCCAGAUAGGGAACAUGGUGGAGUUUGCCAUCGCUCUGAUUGGCAAGUUGGACGGCAUCAACAGACAUUCCUUCAAUAGCUUCAGGCUUCGUGUGGGCAUUAAUCAUGGCCCAGUGAUAGCCGGAGUGAUCGGGGCGAGGAAACCUCAGUAUGACAUCUGGGGCAACACGGUGAACGUAGCCAGCAGAAUGGAGAGCACGGGGGAGCUGGGAAAGAUCCAGGUGACGGAGGAAACCACCGACGUGCUGCAGAAGCUGGGCUACUCGUGCGAGUGUCGAGGAUUCAUCAACGUCAAGGGCAAAGGGGAGCUGAAAACCUUCUUUGUGUGCACCGACAUGAGCAAGCAGCAAGGUAUGGGGCUGAGCUGAGGCCAGGCCGCCACCGCCAACACAACCAGAGACAGACUCGGGGAACGCGAGCCAAGAGUCGGUGGAGUCCUGCGAGUGUUGAGACAGAACUGACUGUGACACAGCUGUGUUCCUGUGACGUUAAUACAUGAAAUGACCGAGGCGCAUUAAGGACCGCGUGACGACGCGACACUGAAUCAACUGUUGAACGGAUCAGGAUUCGGCAGUAAACGGUGUAGAUGGUCAGUACCUACGAUCGCAAUCUUUUUCUACAUACAUUUACGUCCAGUGAUCACUUUUGUACUUUGUUUUGUUUUUAACUUAGAUGUUGUUUGCGAUAGAAGAAAAAAAAAAAAAAAAAAAAGAAGUGUAUUGUACUAAUGCCAGACACAGUUGUGUAAUUUUUUUGAAGACCUCUCCGGUCCUUUAAAAACAAAUCAAUGGAUUCUGUUUGGAUCAUUAAUUUGAAACCCAUCUGGUUUUUCUGUUUUGAGAUGUGAUGGACACUGCUCUGUUACUGUGUAAUGAGCAUGACAUCUGUGAGGCUGUUAGGCAGGGCUGUUUCAAUAACAGAAACCGGAUGAACACAGAAGAUUAUAUAUAUAUAUAUAUAUAUAUAUAUAUAUAUAAAACUUUUCCUGCUCCUUUCUUUUGGACAUAUUCAAAAUAGUACGUUUCACUUCUGUAAAUCCUAAAGUCAAUGUAUCAACACUUUUGCUCUUUAUGGGAACUUCUUUUAGGUUCCAGCUGUGUAGUUUGGCCGACUGUUUAAUUUUACAUAUGACAAGAUAUUUCCUGCAUUUCAACAGGAAAUACACAAAUCCAUGUGCUGUACUUACAUAAUCUGUUAAAGUGUUUAUUCUGCUUUUCUACAUAUAUGCUGGGAAACCUUGGUCCUUGGUGUCGAGUCCGUGUGGUCUAACAACCUGCCUGCUGUGAAUGUUUGUCUGGCUCCAACUCAGACGAUCACCUGAAUUGAUGUCAGUGGCUCUGUGCGUCUCUGAAAACUUGAUUUGUCUUGUGGCCUUACCUUUCGAGACCAUCUUUUCUGUAAUUGUGGUUGCAUAAUAAUAAUGUAUUGGCCUUCAUGUGAACAAAUGUGACAUUGAAUUUUGUACAGUUACAGAAUGUAAUAAAUGUUUUCCUAAGUCUGCA